GCUCAGUUCAUCCAAAAAUGUCUGUCUCUUAUACUCUGCAACUCCCAUUCCCUUCAGGAAUUUUCCCUUCUCGAAGAAACAUCAUCGACAAGAGAUUAGGCAAUCUCCAAACUCUGCACUCUUCUAAAGAAUCUGGGCAACAUACUGAAAAUGAUAGAAGUCAAGACCAAGUGAUUUUAGUAGAAAGAUAUGGAAGUGGUACUAUUAAAAGAUACGUGCUAGAAGAUGAUGGUUUGAAGAUUCGAGCUUUUCUUGAAGAAAAUGAUCCAACAAGCAAAGAGUCCAAUGGCUCACAUUUAUCUGACCCCAAGUUAUCUUGGCUACCACCCAUCCUCAAAGAAUUUAUCUUGCCUGCAGGUUUCCCAGGAUCUGUGUCGGAUGAUUACUUGCAGUACAUGUUGUUACAGUUUCCCACAAAUGUUACUGGAUGGAUAUGUCACACUAUCGUUACAUCGAGUCUUCUAAAGGUUGUCGGGGUUGGUUCUUUCUCAGGAACUGCUGCUGCUGCCUCUGCUGCUGCCAUCAGAUGGGCGUCGAAAGAUGGCAUUGGGGCUGUUGGGCGCUUAUUCAUUGGUGGUCGAUUCGGGAAUCUCUUUGACGAUGACCCUAAACAGUGGCGCAUGUAUGCAGACUUCAUCGGCAGUGCUGGAUGCAUAUUUGAUCUAACAACACAAGUUUAUCCUGCCUAUUUCCUGCCAUUGGCAUCUCUAGGCAAUCUUGCGAAGGCAGUAGCAAGAGGACUUAAAGAUCCUUCAUUCAGAGUGAUACAAAACCAUUUUGCAAUCUCGGGAAAUCUCGGAGAGGUGGCUGCUAAGGAGGAAGUUUGGGAAGUAACUGCUCAGCUGCUUGGUCUUUCUCUCGGCAUACUGAUCCUGGAUACUCCUGGCCUUGUUAAAUCAUAUCCGGUGUUGGUAUCAACAUGGGCGUGCAUGCGGCUUUUUCACCUAUGGUUACGUUAUUUGUCACUUUCAGCUCUAAGAUUUAAUACGAUAAAUCUUAAGCGAGCUCGUAUUCUUGCACAGUCGCAUGUUUUGCACUCUAGAGUGCCGGGAUGCAAUGACUGCAACAGGGAUGAAAAUAUUUUAUCGUGGCAGCGAUUCAUAAAUCCUCGGAUUAUUUUCAGUGUGCCCAUGGAGGAGAUGUUAGGUGGUGGGAGAUCCAUUUUGACGCUGAAAACUCUCCUUAGAAUAUAUGCAAGGGAGAAAUAUAUUCUCACGGUGAACCAACAUCGAAAAGAUUUCGAGGUUUUCGUUUCGUUCAAGGCCGGUGCUACGAGUGUCUCCGUCUUGCGUAGAGUCUGGCAGACGUAUUGGCUACACGAUAACUUGAAUGUCUCAGAAGAUCUCUUUGAUCAGCUUGCGAAAAGUUUGUCCGAGAUGGAUGAAAGGUUCGACGAGUUCGUUCAACAACUGGAUAAAUCUGGAUGGGACAUCCAUCAAAUUAGUUUGAGGGUCCCCAAGGAAAUCUCCAUUGAUGAAUGUUCCGUUUAAUGC